ACCACAAAUUUCAAGAUUAUUAACAAUCACCGUCCAAUUUUAUGAAGUACUGAAUCCACCAAAAAAAUUACAUGGACCCAACUUUUCAUAAAUAAAUCACGGCAUACUUUAUUUAGUACGGCUCUCCGGCGGCGACAAGUUCUCCGGCGACGACAGCCCGACAGCGGCGACGACAGCAGCUCAGCGGCAACGACAGCAGCUCGGUGACCAGCACCAUUGAACAGGGGCCUACAAUGGCGAGGAAGCAGCUGGACAUGCAUUGACAUGGCGGCAUUGAAAUAUUGGAGUCAACACAUCAUCCUUAAUUUCCCUAUAACUCACUAGCAUAGUCAACAAAGCUUUUGAUUCUUUGAGUGAGUUUGGCUGGCCAAAUUUUCCAAUUCUUGGCAAGUUUUUGUAGUAGUAUACCUUAAUCAGGUUUCUCUUUGUGCCGGGAUGUGAUUAAAGACAUUUGCUUAUGUGGAUGUUUGAAUUUUUUUGAAUCCAAAUUCAGGAAAAGGAUUCCUUUGCUAUUUUCCGGUAACCGCUUGGCUCUUUCUCUUCAAUUUAGGCGAAACAAAGUGUUUUCUUUCUCUGUCUUCCUUUUCAUUACCACUUUGACUUGCUUCACUUAGCCGAAAGUCUUUCAAAAAUAGUCAACUACCUCCAAAAAAUAGAGGUUAUGAAAUAAAUUUGGGCCCUUGUACUCUAUGAAUCAAAGUAGCCAUUGAGGAAAUCCCUUCUUUCUCAACCCUUUCCUCUGUUCCUCCCUGCAGUUUCGCUGUCCCAAACAAUCAGUACAGAUGAGGAUAGCAGUAGAAGGGUGUAUGCAUGGGGACUUGGAUAAUGUCUAUGCCACCUUAUUGCAUUUGCAAGAAGUUCAGAAUAUAAAGAUUGAUCUCCUUUUAUGCUGCGGUGACUUUCAGGCUGUUAGGAAUGAGAAGGAUCUGGAAAGUUUAAAUGUGCCACCUAAAUACCGGAGCAUGAACUCUUUCUGGAAAUAUUACUCAGGAGAGAAAGUAGCACCAUUUCCAACUAUAUUUAUUGGAGGAAACCACGAAGCAUCCAAUUACCUUUGGGAACUGUACUAUGGAGGAUGGGCAGCACCUCAGAUAUACUUCCUUGGAUUUGCUGGAGUAAUCAAGUUUGGCAACAUUCGUAUUGGUGGUCUUUCUGGAAUUUAUAAAUCACACCAUUACAAUAUGGGGCACUAUGAGAAGCUGCCAUAUAAUCAACGGGAUAUUCGAUCGAUAUAUCAUGUUCGCGAGUAUGAUGUCCACAAGCUCUUGCAAAUUGAGGAGCCAAUUGAUAUCUUUCUUUCACAUGACUGGCCUGUUGGCAUCACUGAUGGUGGGGACUUAAAAGCUCUUCUUCGUCAAAAACCUUUCUUUGAGCAAGAGAUUCAGGAAGGAACUCUGGGAAGCAAACCUGCUGCAGAAUUACUGGGAAAGUUGAGACCUCCUUACUGGUUUUCUGCACAUCUGCACUGCAAAUUCGCUGCUUUAGUUCAGCAUGAGAAGGGUGGUCAUUCCACGAAGUUUCUUGCCCUCGAUAAGUGCCUUCCUGGUAGAAAGUUUUUGCAGGUUAUUGAAAUUGAGUCGGGACCAGGACCUCAUGAACUUCAACUUGAUGAAGAAUGGUUGGCUAUCACAACAAAGUAUAAUGCUGUCUUGCCCUUGACUAUCAGGAGUGCGAACUAUAAUAAUGCACAUCUUGACAUAGAACAGUGCCGCCAGUUUGUAAGAAAUAAGCUACGGGCAAGAGGACCCAGGCCGUUUGAAUUUGUUCAGACUGCACCAUGCUACAAUCCUUCUCAACCUGUUGCUGAUGGUCUCUUCCAUGGUUUCUAUAAAAACCCUCAGACAGAAGGUCUUUUACAAUUUCUGGAACUUGACUAUCUUCUCAAUAAAAUGCCAGAAUCCAGGGAGCCUGCUGCAAUUCCAGCCUCCUUUGCUUCAGGAUGUUCCUUUGAUUAUGAUAUUGAAGAUAUACCCAUAGAUGACGUGGAUGAUGUGGAUGAUACGGAUGAUUUAAAAGAGGCUGACCCAGAAGAUGCUGAAGAAGGAAUAAUCUUAACCUCAGAUCUUCCUAAUUAGUUUUUGUUGGUUCCUUGUAACAGUCAUGAUUAGUUUCUAUCUGUCUAUAAAUUUAUGUAAAAGGUUCUUCCGAAGAAUGCCCCUAAAAGGGUAAAUGAAAGCUGCAGUUUUAAUGGGCAGCUUCACUUCACAGAAUCGUUUGACAUUUGAAAUGCCGCCCCUUUUCCAUCA